AUGCAGUGCCGACCAUCACUUGCGAUCGAGCGACGUUGUUCCGCAAGCUCGGCAGGAACUACAGUACGUUACCUGCCAUCUCCGACCGCGGCUCACGACUCGGCUCGCUGGCUGGAUCUACCUGCUCGCCGAAUUGACCCUCUUGACUCGUUUCGCCCUGCUGCCCAGCCUACCACGAGUUUGACGAACUCCUCUUCGAAUACGGACUCGAACUGGAUGAAGAUGUAGGUCUCUGAAACCGUUGCCGGACAGGCGCUCCUCUGAUGUAGCUAUACCGACUGAUUCCUCCUGCGCGACAUUCAUUCCCUUCGCAUUCUCUCCCAUUUGUCUCACCGACCGCGCGGCUCCCAUUCGAUAAUCUGGGUUCUCGCAACAUCACCAGACGACGAACGAUCCAAAUCACCCCGCAAACGAGCCCCACCAGCUCAAGAUCGAGGUCCCGGCGAAUCGGUACGAUCUCUUGUGCGCAGAAGGGAUCGCCCGGGCGUUGGCCCUCUACCUGGAUCCGACCCGUGGCGCACCCCACUUUGUGCUCAAGCCGGCGAAGGAGGUUCGUACAUGACUGUUGGCAGGGGGUCAAGUCAAGGGACUAAACGGACUGCGGCCGAUAUUCGAUUGGUACACAGGGCGAGGAGAGGACAGUGCACGUCAAACCUGAGGUCCGUCUCCUCUCCAAUGCGGCCAUGCCCGGUCCUCCCACUAGGCAAAGCCCGAGUCGCUGACGUGACCUGCCUUCAUCGUGCUCAGACCGCUCAAAUUCGACCCUACUUUGCUUCGGCUAUCCUGAGGAAUGUAUCGUUCGAUGCGGUCUCGUACGCGUCCUUCAUCGAUCUACAGGACAAGCUCCACCAAAACUUGGCGAGGAAGAGGACCCUCGUCGCUGUCGGAACGCAUGAUCUGGACAAGAUCGAUGCCGGAGAUAUCACUUACGAGGUAGGAUCGCUGAGGGUGUGAAAACACUAAGCGGAGGGAGGGGACUGAUGAGAUGCCACUUUCAUACCAGGCCCUGCCACCAACCGAGAUCAAGUUUGCGCCCUUGAACAAGGAGACCGAGUACACCGCUGUCGAGCUGAUGCAACUGUACAAGGUUGGUCCUGUGCAGUCACAGGUUCCUCUCUUUCUCAGCCUAUACUGACCAUUCUAUGGUCACAAUCAGGACGACAAACACCUCUCUCGCUACCUGCACAUCAUCGAGGACUCGCCCGUCUACCCGAUCAUCUACUCGAGCACGCGUCAGGUCCUCUCCAUGCCGCCGAUCAUCAACUCGAACGGCACCAAAAUCUCCGUCGACACCAAAAACAUCUUCAUCGAUGUCACCGCGACGGACGAGACAAAGUUGCAGGUCGUUAUCGACAUCCUUGUGACCAUGUUCUCCGAAUACUGCUCGACCCCUUUCGAGAUCGAACCCGUCAAGAUCGUCUACUCCUCAGCCGCACCGGGUGGUGCUCGAACGGUCAUGUCCCCCGUCGUUGCGCCUCGUCCUUUCGUCGCUCGCACGAGCUACGUCAACUCGUGUACGGGUCUCAAGCUCAAGCGACCUGAAGUCGUCACCUUGUUGCGCAAGAUGGGCCACGAGGCCUACGAGCCUACGCCGGAACAGAUCGCCUCGUACAAACCCGUCAACGCUCGCGAAGGUCUGAAAAUGGAUCCAAACGACGUCGUUCACCUCCUCGUUCCUUCGACUCGCCCCGACAUCCUGCACGAGUGCGACGUCAUGGAGGAGGCUGCGGUCGCGUACGGUUUCAACAAUUUGAAAAAGACGUUCCCCGUCACCAACACCGUCGCCGUUCCUUUCCCGAUCAAUAAGCUCGCCGAUUCAUUGCGACGACUCUGCGCCGAAGCGGGAUGGACGGAGGUUUUGCCAUUGAUCUUGUGCUCGCACGAUGAGAACUACAAGUUCUUGAACCGCGUCGACAACGGUGACAAAGCGGUCGUCUUGGCCAACCCGAAAACGAUCGAAUACCAAAUCGUUCGAACGUCCUUGUUGCCCGGGAUCCUCAAGACGAUUCGAGAGAACAGGAAACAUCCCAUACCUUUGAGGGUCUUUGAAGUGUCGGACAUCGUCGUCAAGGAUUCCAAGGAGGAACGACAGGCGAAGAAUGUGCGACGACUGGCGGCGGUGUUUUGUGGACGACGAGCGGGAUUCGAGGUCGUGCAUGGUUUGUUGGAUCGAUUGAUGUUGGGCCUCGGGAUCAAGAAUCUCGGGAGUGAAAGCUCGACCGGUGAUGAGGGUUACUACAUCAAGUCCUUCAAUGGUGAGGGAACUCCAUAAUCGUGCGGGCCUUGGUCUCGCGACUGACAUUCCCGCGUCCUUGGCUUCGAUUCACACAGACGCGACUUACUUCCCCGAUCGAUCGGCCAAGAUCUAUUACCGACCCUCGGCCACGGGAGCCAAGAACCUCUCCUUUGCCCCGGUUGCAUCAGCCGACGUUGCGAACGCUUCGGGAUCCCUUCGAGGACCGAAAGAAGACGUCGCCACGCCGGCCGAUUCCAGCAGUGGUCCGUUGGACAAGAUCAAGGACGCCCUUUCCUCGGCUUUGCCCCAUAUCGGCGGAACAAAGCAUGAUGGUGAAUCGAGCUCGACUUUGAGGGAUGUCGAGAUUGGUGAGAUUGGUAUCCUGCAUCCUAGUGUGCUCAAGGCGUACGAUUUGGACUACCCUUGCUCGGCGCUCGAAUUCAGUGUGGAGGAUUUCCUUUAG